GGAGCCGGCUAGUCACGCCGCUGCUAGGGCUGGCCUGGGCGUCCGCCGCCUGUGCACGACGCUCCUCCCGGCGCUUUCAUCCAACGUCGCCCGUCUCGCUCGCCGCCAGACUAUCCUUCGCCUGCUUGCCCGAUUGCGAGGCAACUGCGCAGAGCCGCCGUCCGCAUUCUUUUGCUGCGUCUCCGUAGCACGCAGCGCCCGCUUGCCCGUCCACCACGCCUUCGCUACUUGGCGGCCCUUUCGUCGUUCGCUCCGGGCCCCGGCCAUGGCCUCUCCCUCCGACGCCCCUUCACCUGCACGCCCGUCCUCACGGCCGGCGAGCGGACACGGUGCACCGUCCACCGACCCUGUAGAGAUGCACACACUCGCCACGUCGGCCCUGGAGCCCGCAACAGCAGCAGAAGCGGCAGACAGCACUGCGCACACGACCGAGGCGGCUCCUGCGCCGUCGCCAGAUGCACCAAUACCCCAUACACAAGAGGCGCUGCCGCAAGAGAGCAUAGAACCCGCGCCUGCACCGAAGCCCGCUCCGCCCGUCGAUCUAAGCCGCAGCGAGACCGAAGCAAUUGGCCCCUCGACCGACACCCCGGCCGCGAAUCCAGACAGCUCCAAUGGCCCUGUCGUUGUCAUCAUGCUCCUGCUUACAACGGGUGCACGGCACCCCUACAAGAUUGACGAGAGAUAUCUCAAGAAGCGCAAUGUCACCGUCGAUGAUAUGGACCCGUACAACAUAAGCGUCUACACGCUCAAAGAGUUGAUAUGGCGCGACUGGCGAGAAGAAUGGGAGCCGCGACCCACCUCGCCCAGCUCGAUACGAUUGAUACACUUUGGCCGCAUGCUAGACGAUAAAUCGCCAUUAAAAGAGUGCCGGUUCCAGACUGAGACUCCCAACGUUGUGCACAUGACCGUCAAGCCGCAGGAGAUUGUUGAUGAGGAGGACGCAAAGACCGGCAAAGGCGGCAAAACAAGAGAUUCAGAUGAGGAGACCCAUGCAGGCUGUCGCUGCGUCAUCCUCUGAGUUUACUCCGGUCCCAUUGUACUGACGCAACGAUCACGACAGGCUGCCUCCUUAAGCCAUUCACAAAACCUUGCAUCCUUCGCUUACCCGACAUCGAGGAGCGUCUAAUCUCGAAUACGAACGACAGUUGACGACGGCCGACACACUAUUGCCAGCACUUUUUCUGGAGAACGUCCUGUUGUUCCAGCUCUCAAGACAGCAUGAUUCCGAUCAUUCUCACCCGCCCGACAUCUGGCGACUACAAGUCACUAAAUACAGCUUAAGCGUAGUUUUUCUUUUGGCACGGAUGUCGCCUCUUGCCCUGUUGUCAUUCAUAUUGUGCAUAGGAUUUUUGGGUAUGGAGGCUUGUUCUUGCUAAAUUCAGCCACGGUAGCGUCUAUUGUAGAGGUGCUUGAUUCUACAUUGCGCGCAUGAGCCGUGAGCUAUUAUUCUUGUACAAGUAGCGUUACACUUGGCAAUAGCCGCUGCUCUGCCCUACCUGAAAUCUGGGG